AUGAAAUAUCCCAAGAUGGCUAUGGUACCACCUCAACAACAACAACAACCAAUGGAUAAUAUAUCAAAAGUAAAGAGUUUACUGCAGCCUUUGAGGGAAGCACUUAAAAACGUUUUUACUGCGGCAGCACAUUUAUUAAAUCAAAACAAUCUGCCAAAUGACAAACAAACUCCUCGAUUUGACAAAUAUUUGGAAGUAUUCUUUUCAAUUUGUGAUCAAAUCGAACAAAACUUAAUAACAGCAAAAAAAUGCAUCCAACAGAGUAGUAAUGCUCAAGUUUAUCUUCCCGUUCCCGUUGUUACAACAGCUCAAGAGAAUGCGCUUUCCUAUAUGCAGUUCCGGGAUCUCGUCAAUACUCAAAUUUCCUACGCUAAAGACGUGCAUGACACUCUUGUUGGUGGAAAUGCUAAUGCAAGUUCGUUCUUCCGUCAACAUAAUUGUAACACCAGUGACGCCCAACAGAAGUACACUUCACGGGCUGCCCAACUCUAUAGAGAUAAGCUAUCGAAUUUAGCUCAACAAGCGUGUAAAUUGCACGGGUCAACGCUUAUCAUCAAUGAGCCGCAUUACCACCAUGAAGAAACGAAGGUGGAGAGCGAUUUCUUUGCCGAUUGCGAGAAUGCAAAUUUCAAUUCCGAAGAAAAUGUUGAGACAUCAACUAAUAACAUUGAAUUGCCUACAACAAAGCCUCAAGUCUCAUUAGGUUCAUUUUUGGAUAAUGAUGGCGCUGAACCAAGUGUGGAUUUCUUGCACUCGAAUGUUCCUAUUGAAGCUCCUAAGUCAAACAUUGGAGUGCGAAAAAUUCAACCAAAAAAAGGUGGAAUUGGUGCUAAGAAAGGUUUAGGCGCAACAAAAGUAAAAACAAAUUUCGCUGAUAUUGAACAACGUGCCACUUUAGCUGACCAAAUGAAGGAGCCAAUUAUAGAGAAAAAGCUCACAGAAGAAGAGGAAGCUGAAGCUAUUACUAGCGUUCGUCUUGCUUAUCAAGAUCUGUCUUUACAAAAGCAAAAAGAGGAAGAGCGAUUAAAGAAUGUUGAUCCAAAUAAAGCAAAACAAAUGGAACGUCUUGGAAUGGGCUUUGGAAAUCGUGGUGGAGUGUCACAUUCAAUGUUAACUGAUAUGCAGACAAUCAAUCAAGAUCAGGCUCCUUUGAGUAUGAAAUCUUCAUCUAAGAAUGACAAUAACUCAAAGUCAUCAGACUUCUUUGAUGAUUAUUCAACUUCAAUGUAUAGCAACAAUUCAAGCAGUAGCAACAGUAAACAAGAUUUCCGUGACGCCAUGAUGAUGGGUUUUGAACCAAUUGAUUCGAAACAAGACAUUCACACGAUGUUCUCACCGGUUGAGAAAAAGGAAUCAUCAAAUAAAAAUGUUAAUGAUCGUCAACCAUCAUCAUCGUCAUUCACAAGAAAUAAUCGAGAAACGAAAUCAUCAGUGACAACGCCGUCAAACAAUUAUGACACUGAUUCUAUUCAAAAGAAAUUUGCUGGCGCAAAAGGAAUAUCUUCGGAUCAAUUCUUUGGUAAUGAACAAUCGUCAUUCGAAAAGUCUGCAAACUUAUCAAAAUUCCAAGGAUCAUCGUCAAUCUCAUCGGCUGAUUAUUUUGGUGAUGGAACACAAUCAAAUACUUCAAGACGUAAGAAAUUUAAAGAAUUCAAAUUCAAAGAAUGAAAAUUUAUAAUAAAAAAAUUAUNUGGAAAUUUUUUAUCAUCGAUUCUAAAAUGAAGUCUUUUGAAAACUUUUUCUUUAUCAAAAUUUAUUACACAAAUGAAGAAUAAAAAAUUAAUAAUAAAAGAAUUUGAAUUUAUUUUCUUUUCAAGAGUCGCUUGGGUUUUGAUUUUUUGCCUAUUGUUGACUUCUUCAUCAUCGGUUUUGUCGGUUUUUUGAUGACAUCCGAAGUU